AUGACACUGUUAACACUGUUAACUCAUAUGGCCAUGACACUUAAUACUGUUAACUCGUAUGGCCAUAACACUGUUAAUACUGUUGACUCAUAUGGCCAUAACACUGUUAAUACUGUUAACUCAUACGGCCAUGACACUGUUAAUACUGUUGACUCAUAUGGCCAUGACACUGUUAAUACUGUUGACUCAUAUGGCCAUGACACUGUUAAUACUGUUGACUCAUAUGGCCAUAACACUGUUAAUACUAUUGACUCAUAUAGCCAUGACACUGUUAAUACUGUUAACUCAUAUAGCCAUGACACUGUUAAUACUGUUGACUCAUAUGGCCAUAACACCGUUAAUACUGUUAACUCAUAUGGCCAUGACACUGUUAAUACUGUUGACUCAUAUGGCCAUGACACUGUUAAUACUGUUAACUCAUAUGGCCAUGACACUGUUAAUACUGUUAACUCAUAUGGCCAUGACACUGUUAAUACUGUUAACUCAUAUAGCCAUGACACUGUUAAUACUGUUGACUCAUAUGGCCAUAACACUGUUAAUAAUGUUAACUCAUAUGGCCAUGACACUGUUAAUACUGUUGACUCAUAUGGCCAUGACACUGUUAAUACUGUUAACUCAUAUAGCCAUGACACUGUUAAUACUGUUGACUCAUAUGGCCAUAACACUGUUAAUACUGUUAACUCAUAUGGCCAUGACACUGUUAAUACUGUUGACUCAUAUGGCCAUGACACUGUUAAUACUGUUAACUCAUAUGGCCAUGACACUGUUAAUACUGUUGACUCAUAUGGUCAUGACACUGUUAAUACUGUUAACUCAUAUGGCCAUGACACUGUUAAUACUGUUGACUCAUAUGGCCAUGACACUGUUAAUACUGUUAACUCAUAUGGCCAUGACACUGUUAAUACUGUUGACUCAUAUGGCCAUAACACUGUUAAUACUGUUGACUCAUAUAGCCAUGACACUGUUAAUACUGUUGACUCAUAUGGCCAUGACACUGUUAAUACUGUUAACUCAUAUGGCCAUGACACUGUUAAUACUGUUGACUCAUAUGGCCAUGACACUGUUAAUACUGUUAACUCAUAUGGCCAUGACACUGUUAAUACUGAUAACUCAUAUGGCCAUGACACUGUUAAUACUGUUUACUCAUAUGGCCAUGACACUGUUAAUACUGUUAACUAA